UACGACACGAAACACCGGGCCUACAUGAUGCGCGAGAAGGAGAUGAAGCUUGAACCUUUGAAGAUUCGGUAUCACGGGGUCUCUGGUCCUGCCAUGCCUUACGAUGAGCGGUACACACCGUACAUCAAGCAGGCAGGACUACUCCCGUGGAUUCAGUUGGUCAGCCGGUCCACGCCGAAUCUGAAUGCUCCAUUAGUGUCCGCUCUUGCUGAUCGGUGGAGGCCGGAGACGCAUAGUUUCCAUCUUCCGACUGGGGAGAUGACCGUGACGCUCGAGGAUGUCUCGUUGAUAACCGGUCUUGCUAUCGACGGGAUGCCUCUCUGUAUGAGCACCGAUUCUGAUGGGUGGCGCGAGCAGAUGAUUGCUCUUAUCGGUAUGGCUCCUACCGAGGCUGAGGCUGAUGUAGAGGAGAGAGAAGAGAAGAAUAAGAAGGAAAGGAAAGCAUCCGGAGCUGCUUUCACGUGGAUUCAAACUCACUUUGCGACGUGCCCUCCGGAUGCCACUGAUGACGUGAUCCAGACACAUGCUCGUGUCUACAUGUGGUAUGUUGUGUCGAGGACUUUGUUUCCUGACUCCACUGGCAAGAAUGCUCCAUGGAUGUGGCUGAAGGCGUUGACCGUCUUCGAUAGCAAAUGGAGCUGGGGUUCAGCGACUCUUGCCUACUUGUACUGA